ACAUUUGAGUGUCAUCUUAGAGAGAAUUCCUAAAAUAUUAAAAGUCAAACAUGUUCCUGGCAUACUCGGCAGAAAUGCUAGUAAAACAUGACAACUAAGCCACUCCAUCUGCUGAGAAAGGCAAUGAGAUGUGGCUCAAAGGUUUAUCAAGUAAGAGGAUCUUUGUGCUGAGAUUUUUUUUUAUGUCGAACGAAUGGGCUAGUAUACUCCCGGCACUUGCCAAGAAACGAAACUGUUUCUCUGAUUAAUUAUGUUUUGUUCUGAUAAAUAAUAUCGAAAAUACUACUGUGGGGAAAUACAAACACCUUCUGACAGGCACAUCAAAGGCUUUCGUGGGAAUUUUGACUCUUAACUCCAAAAAAUGUGGCGGUAUGUUCGGGGAUUUUACGCGAAGGCGGAAGUAGGCAGGGGUGAAUAAUUUCAAUUUACGACGUAGAACAGGAAGUCGACUCGCCACACCCAUUGAACAGAUCAUUACAUGAUCAUACACGUAACUGUGUCAGACUGCCCCGUUAUAACACAUCUCUUAGGAAGCCAGUUUUGAAACCUGCCUCUAAAUUAUACAGAAUAAUUUAAAGCGAAUUGUGCGAUAUUUUUUAGUGAUUUACACUCAGGCUCCUAACGCGCUACCCUAAGGGUCUUUCCUCGCACAGCAACAGCACGACCCUGAAUGUGAAAACGUGUCAAACUCAAAGUAUUUUAAAAGUGACACCGCUGUGUAUUAUUAACGUGAUACCUUGUGUCACUUUACAUUAUAACUUCCCUGUUCAAACUUUGGGAACAUGCUUUUACCCUGAUUGGCUGUUAAACAGACGCGUGCAAAAUGAGCUCUGAGGUGUGCCCGUUCUGUGGGAAAACCUACAAAAGGUUGAAGAGUCACCUGCCACAUUGCAAGGCAGCAGCAACCUCCAAAACACCUCCAACCAAACACAAUGCCACGGUGAACCACACAACAUCAUCUUCUCAGCUGGCUGCAGCCUCGUCGACGCCACCAGCAAAGGGGGAAAAGUCCACACAGAUGCUGUCAGUGAAUGCAAGUCCACAAGUAAGGAAGAGUAAGAAGGUGUCUGUGAUAUCACCAGCAACAUCUUUGUCGGAAUCAUUGUCCCCGAGUUCUGCAUCACUUCCACCAUCAACUAAGAAGAAGAAACAGAAGCUGUCUGAACAAAUAAAAACAGUCACUAUGCCCUCUUCUAACACAGUUUCCCUCAUCUCCUCCCCAUCACCGUCUUCCACCAUCUCUGAGCCCAAAAAGAAGAGUCUCCGUGCUUUGAUAGAAGCUGCGAAGUCCAAAGAGGUUUCUAAGGGAUUGCUGGAGGGAACCAGAUCUGCCCCAGAGGACCUGCCUUCAGGUUCAACUCCAUUUGUGGCAGAUCCUCUAAGCUCCAGAGCCACAGCUCAGACAGAGACCAAAACCACUCCCGACAAAGACUUAGACACCAAACCCAAAGGAGCAUCUCAAAUGAAGGCAUCAAAGACGAAGAAGGCAGCACAAUCCCAUUCCACAAGCAAAUAUACCUCUAGCUCUCUGGAAUCUAAAGUAAAUGAAACUAGUGCAAGACCCAUUGUAAGAGACAACUUCUGGGUGGACACCGAGGGGGAAAUUGAGGAUUUAUCUGUGAAUAAGAUGCACUUGAAAUCAGGAAGUGGUCACCAGGCCAGGAUUACCCUCCAGGAUGUUAAAGCCACAUUAGGCCGAGCCAACGCCACGCGUCAGUCCUGGAGGAAAAUCCUGAGCCAGAUUGAAACUACUGAUCUAAGCAGCAAAAUCAAACCUCCACUCCCACCGGCGAAUCAAGAACAUGUUGAUAGCUGCUUGGUAAAAACUAAAACACUCUCAGACCAGCUGCCCAGCACCAGUUUACAACAUACAAGGCUGCACUCAGUUGAAAGAAAAAGCUCAAAGUCUAAACAAGCAACUUCAAUUCCCGGUCAACAUGAUGGUUCCCCUCAGCAUGAAUUAGCGUCCCCUGCGACUCCCCUCCUUAAUGGCCAUUUGUCGUCUCAGGUGAGCCAAGCCACAUACCUUCCGCAUACAGUCGGCGUGAAUGAGGGGCUGAACGUGGGCCAUCACAUGACAGGACUCUGCACAAUAUCACCAUCACUCGCCCAGUUUUCUAGACCGCAUUGUUUCCCUCUAGCACCACAAACUCUGCCGGCGAGGGUAGAGACACAAAGAGUUGCCGAUGGGUUGACAAUGCAGAUGUCGCAGCUCGAGGUCCGGAAACAAAACACUGCUGAUAAUGGAACCAAAGGUGCUCUGACACAGCAGAGUCUUGGACAGGUGAGACUGAAGGAGUUGCCAAGGUGGUUGGCCUGCAAAAGUCCCAGCCAUCCAAGAGAAGUCGUGGAAAUGGUGCAAAGCGGCUGGCAGUGGUAUUACAAGAAGUAUAUUGAUGUGAAGAAAGGUGGUGUAGGUGGACUGGGCAUGUUGUUGGCCGGAUACUGUGUGCUCAGCUACAUCUGGAGUUACCCUCAUAUAAAGCGUGAUCGCUGGAGGAAGUACCACUAAGGCAAAGGAAGAAUGUUGAGUGAAGAAACAGCAGCUUUGGGAGAGCAGGUUCAGGACUUUUAGGGAGUCCAUUCUGUCAGUGACA